UCUGCACUCGCUGAAGCAGCCAAUGAGAGGAAGCAAUUGGAUUAUAAUGAAUAUCACCUUUAUACAAGACGUAACCCCACAUCGUCUCAGAAGCUCGUAAUUAACAACAUUCACAGCAUCACUUCGUCCAACUUCAAUGUGAGGAACCCCACAGUUGUGAUCAUCCACGGCUGGCUAGACAACAUGGACGCAAACUUCAAUGGAGCUGUCAAAGAUGUUUAUCUUAGAAAAACUGAUGUGAACAUUAUAAUGUGUGACUGGAGGACGGUGGCCAUAGCUAUAUACGGCUCGGCAGUUAACGGAGUACCGAAUGUUGGCCGCAACCUGGGACAGUUCCUCGACUUCCUCCACAGAGUCACUGGUGCUUCCUUCAACAACAUGCAUCUAAUUGGGUUCAGUUUGGGUGCUCAUGUGGCUGGGAAUGCUGGCAGGGAGUUACGUGGUAGAGUUGCACGUAUUACUGGAUUGGAUCCCGCUGGUCCUCUAUGGUACGGGAACUCGAAUCGCCUGAAAUCAUCUGACGCAGUGUACGUAGAAGCUAUCCACACAGAUGGCAGCGCUGUCGGUCUGGGUAUAGGGGCAGCAUCAGCUGAUGUCGACUUCUUCCCCAAUGGAGGCUCCAGCCAGCCUGGCUGCUUCGAUCAUUUCUGCAACCACAACAGAGCAUGGCAGUUCUUUGCGGCUACAGUUACCCACAACCAUCUUGUGGGUCAACUGUGCUCUAGUAUGUUGCAAGUCACUACGAACAACUGCCGUGGAAGUUACUUGCAUAUGGGCAAUGAUAAUUUGAAUAAGAGAGGGUAA